AAUAAAAAUUUUUCUUGUGUGAUAAAUCCUUAGUGCAAACGUACAUUUUAUUAGGUCUUCAUGUAUCGGAUCGACGUUGCUAUCGGAAGAACAUGUGAACACUUGGUCGUAACGAGUUUAUGAUUUAUACAUAUACAUAUAUAGAAGAAUAUAAAUUGCCAUCUAACAAUCGCACAAACUCUUUCAGAAUGGUGCUUCAACGCUAUGGAGGAGAUCGAUCCUUUGGCGUUGCCAUCGCAGCAAAAUAAGUCGGAUUGUCGGACAAUUGAAGACCAAAUAACGGUGCAAGUCAACUCUACGAAGGUCUACCCGUGCGUUCGUUGUGGACGGUGUUACAAAGUGAAGAGAUCGCUGCGUCGACAUAUUGUGGUCGAGUGCGGCAAGGCGCCGAAGCACAAGUGCCCUUACUGCCAGCACCAGAGCAAGUACAGGGCCAGCAUAACGAAGCAUGUGACAAAUGUACACCCGAAUUUGCCGUACCCGUUACCUGACGAUUAAUCGUUUCUAGAAUAAUGUUAUUUAUUCUCUUUUUUUAUAAUACUGAUAUUAGUAGUAUUUAUACUACUACCAGAGAGAAAUCUGAGAGCGGCCACGCCGGUAUUUUAUGCGGGGUCUCUACAAUGCGAGUCUCAGAGUCGUAAUUAUACACAUAGUAAGUAUAGACUGAGCGUCCCAUUGAAUAAGCU